CCAAUCAUGUCAAUGCGAAGCUAUAACAGAGCCCUCCGCAUUGUUACAACAUUUGGGAGCCGAUGCGGUACGGAGCUUGAUAUGGAUGAAGCAUGAAUUGGCUUUUAAUCUAGGUGUCCGCAAUGGGUUAGUUCACUGAGAUUGGCUCAAAUAUAUAUAUGUUACUGCUCAAAUUAAAACAAUCUCGGUCGACCAACAGCCUAACGACCAAACAAUCUACCAGUCGACUAAUUGGGGUCAGCCCUAAUAAAAGUCACUCAUCUGUUUGCUACACAUUAAUUUAACAAACUAAAACCGAAAUAUUUAUCUAGACACACUUCAUGCAGGGUUCCCACGGGUCCUAGAAAUCCUUGAAAGUUUGUGAAUUUGAGAAAAAGUUUUUGAAAAUAGACAUGGGUCAUUGAAAGGGCUUGAAUUUAUAUGUUUUGUGCAAGAAUAGAAAUUGAAGUUAAGUUUUAAAAAAAAUAAGCGUCAGUAAUGGGCUACGUUCCGCUGUCUGCAUGUGUGUCUUCCGCUGUCUGUGCAUCCUUGUUUCACGCGCCACCUGCCUCGAGAGUGCGACGUCACGUGCGUGCAUAAGUGACUGAAGUCGAAUGAUGCAGAUUAAACAGCGGCAAGCAAACGAGAAAGCUAAGCUUAAGCGAACCUUCAGCCAUGCCUGGAAAAUGUAAAUUCCAGGACUCGUGGUUCACCAAAGACAUUUACAAAGACUGGCUUGUUAAAGAUCUGCGGGACAUCCAUAUGGCCCAAUACAGAGCCUGCAGCAAAUCAAUAAAAGUUCACGCCAUGGGCGAAGCAGCUGUGACGAGCCAUGCUGCUGGAGCAUCACACAGGACGGCACUCCGCAAGUUAAAAGCAGCUCCCACUCUAUUGAACUAUGUGGAAGUCAUCUACAUCACCACCUAGACAGUCUUCUACAACUGGGACCACAUUCACCACCACCUCAAGACAAAGAGGACCCAUUGCGGGCUAAGACAUUGUGGUGUCUGAAUAUGAUGGAGUCUCACUACUCUUUCCACUCAAGUGAACACACGGGUGUUGUGGAGGGCGCGGUCCAUUCAACAAGGAGCUGUGGACACCAGCAGGCAGGAUGGAGGAGAAGAAACGCAACAUCCGGAUCAUUGAAUGGGAGGACCUGGACAAGAAAAAGUUCUACUCCCUGGGUGUGUUCAUGACCAUGACCACCAGGGCCACAGUCUACCCGUUCACCCUCAUCCGCACCCGGCUGCAGGUGCAGAAGGGCAAGUCCCUCUACACGGGCACCUUUGACGCCUUCUACAAGAUCCUGAAGGCGGAGGGCCCGCGAGGCCUCUACCGAGGCUUUAUGGUUAACACCUUCACCUUGAUCUCAGGCCAGGCCUACAUCACCACCUAUGAACUGGUAAGGAAGUACGUGUCCCAAUAUUCCAGCAAUAACACAGUGAAGUCUCUGUGGGCAGGGGGAGCGGCGUCCCUGGUGGCCCAGACCAUCACUGUGCCCAUAGAUAUGGUCUCUCAGCAGCUCAUGAUGCAAGGCCAGGUGGGACACCUGAGCCGCUUCAAGGUCAAACCCAAAAUAAUGAUGGCGACAUCCAAGAGCAAAGUGACUUUCGGACAAACCAGGGAUAUUGUGGUGCAGAUAUGCGCCGCUGACGGUUUCCGGGGAUUUUACCGGGGAUACGUGGCAUCCCUCCUCACCUACAUCCCCAAUAGUGCGGUGUGGUGGCCUUUUUAUCAUUUUUAUGCAGAGAACCUUUCCAAACUAGCCCCCAGUGAUUGUCCUCACCUGCUGCUGCAGGCCAUCGCCGGGCCAAUGGCAGCAGCCACAGCCUCCACCAUCACCAAUCCCAUGGAUGUUGUGCGGGCCAGAGUGCAGGUGGAGGGCAGGUCAUCGGUCAUUGCAACCUUCAAGCAGCUGCUGGCAGAGGAAGGACCCUGGGGGAUGACUAAGGGGUUGUCUGCCCGCAUCAUCUCCUCAACCCCGACGGCCGUGGUCAUCGUGGUGGGCUACGAGACCCUCAAGAGACUGAGCCUGCGGCCUGAGCUGGUCAACUCUAGACACUGGUAAAUACCAGAGGGACAACCAGGGACAGACCCAGGCUAGACUGGGCCAGAUAGCCAGGGACACUGUCAAACACAGACAAAACAUGGCUACCUGGUCCCCCAUAUUGCUGAUUCGGUUUGCCUUUCAAAAACUGUUGCCUUUUUUAUGUUUUAAUGUGAGGUUGGUGGAUUUUAUCAUGUUUGGGCAGAGGAAUUAUGAUUCAUACCUUUUUGUUUUCAGGGAGUACAACUGUAGAUAUUGGAACUUGUCAAUUAGAGGUAUGGAGAAAAAUGUGUGAGUUGUUGCAGCAGAGUAAGCAAAUUAAAGUGUAAUUAAUAAGGAGAGUAAUUUAAUUUACCAAUUAUAAGGCUUGGUAAAUUUUACACUGGGUUAAACUAGUUUUCAAACGGGACUCUCACAAACCCUCUGUUGCCCUUAAAUAAUGGUGUUUAUGUUAACUUUAAAUGGUACAUGUUUUCAGCUUUGUAUUGUUCAUGUAUUCACCCAGUGGUUGCGUUUCACUGGCAAAGGUAAUGUAGACAACCCUGCUGAGAGCCUGUCGACAGGGCAGGUUAUUACAUUCAACAAACAAGUUCUCUUCCUAUGGUGAGAAAGGACCAGGGCUAUGUUGAAUAAGAGCAGAACUGCUCUCUAGUACCCUUUUUCUCUGAAUAUGAUUUGUGUAAAGCAAGUUAUUCAAAGUAGGCUUGGGAAACACUAUGGCAUGGUAAAAUUACUGGUGCUUCCUCAACACAUCUCAAUUUAAAAACAGUACUACCUACUCCUGCCCUCAAUGCUUGUCGACUGUUGGGAAUAGUACACUAUAUACAAAAGUAUGUGCACACCCUUUCAAAUUAGUGGAUUCGGCUAGUUCAGCUCCACCAGUUGCUGACAGGUGUAUAAAAUUGAGCACACAGCCAUGCAAUCUCCAUAGACAAACAUUGGCAGUAGAAUUGCCUUACUGAAGAGCUCAAUGACUUUCAAUGUGGCUGUGUCAUAAGAUGCCACCUCAAAUUUAUACCCUGCUUGAGCUGCCCUGGUCAACUGUAAGUGCUGUUAUUGUGAGGUGGAAACAUCUAGGAGCAACAACAGCUCAGCCGCAAAGUGGUAGGCCACACAAGCUCACAGAAUGGGACUGCUGAAGUGCGUAGCGUGUAAAAAUAAUCUGUCCUCGGUUGCAACACAAUACCAAGUUCCAAACUGCCUCUGGAAGCAACAAAAUAACUUGGUCUGGAGCUUCAUGAAAUGGGCACCCGCACACAAGCCUAAGAUCACCAUGCGCAAUGCCAAGCGUCAGCUGGAGUGAUGUAAAGCUUGGACUCUGGAGCAGUGGAAAAGCUUCAUCUGGCGGUUUGGCGGAUGCCAGGAGAACGCUACUUGCCCGAAUGCAUAGUGCCAACUAUAAAGUUUGGUGGAGGAGUCCCUGCAGCAAUGUUCCAACAUCUAGUGCAAAGCCUUCCCAGAGUGGAGGCUGUUACAAACUCCAUAUGAAUGGCCAUGAUUUUGGAAUGAGAGGUUGGACAAGUAGGUGUCCACAUACUUUUGAUCAUGUGUAUGGUGAGGCAGCCAUUUUAAGAGUCCAUUGUCCUGAAACAUGCCACAAUAUCAUGCUCUAUGAAGUGUUACUUGGCAAAAAUUAGAUUUAGAAAUGUAAUUAAUGGUUUCUAAAUGUACUACAUACAUUUUAUGGAGUAUAUGCUAUAGUGAAUAAGGUUGUGCUUUGAAUAUUUCACGUUUUCUUUCUGUAAGUUGUGAAAUGAACCUUGUUUGUAAGAAUUCACACAUUGAAUUUGCCCAACAGUCUCUGUGUCCUCUCUCUCCACAACCAACCUUAUGAAGGCUAGGAGCCAAAACACGUUGGUUUUAACAAUAAAGCAGAGUAGCGAUAUUUGGCACCAUGCUCAGUUGUGAAGUAUACCCAUGUUAACUGGAUAGGGUGUUCUGAUUUCUUCAAUGAGAGUUACAAUUAGCAACAAUUUCAGGUCACAACUGUGUUUUGGAUAAAUUAAAUAGAUUUGCACAAGUUAUUUUAAGUUGAUGGAAACUGUCACAGCACAACCAAGCCUUUAAAUGUCUCCUAAUGCUUAGCAAAAAAAUCAUAACUCAUGAAUUUGAAUUGCAAGGUCAUUGACAGUUUGUACAAUAAAUUGGACUUCACACUG